AUGACUGGGUGCGGUAUUCACAAAGGUGACCGGAGAGGUUUGCUAUUUCUAACAAUGUUCGUAUUGAUCUCGGGAAACCUACUGGUCAGUCAAAAUUUCUUGCUAAUUUUGACUAGUAAUGGCCAGCGCAGCCUCCAUGUCCACCAUAAUCGAACGAAAUUAGCUGUAGGGACAAGUGCUGAGUUAAACCAUUUUGUGGAACACGGUGAUACAAGUCAAGAAGAUAAACUGCGCAACCCAUCAUAUCAUACCUCUGAAAAGGACAAAAUUUUAAGAGGUAAAAAUCCGGCAGGCUUUUUAUUAAACGAUCACACCGACGUAGUUGGAUUCGUUGAUAUAAAUUACGACACUAGAAGAAAAGAAGAAACCAUUGAAAAGAGUCGAAUAAAAGAAAAUACGCGCAGGUAUCUGCUGCGGUCUGAGCGCAUCCGGAACGUUUGUAAAAGUAGAGCCGUUGUGUCCAACCCACCUGUCUUCACAACCAGCAAGAAAAAGCGCCUCGUUCAUUCACCUUUAGCGGCCAAUGCUCCAGUUCCGUUUCAAGUGGAGAACCCAGUUACAUCCCAUUUUUCAUUAGCGCCAUCGUUUCAUACAAUGGGCUGCUUUCUCAACAAAGUAGCCUCGUCAUCUUUAGUUUCAGCCUUCCUUUUAGUACGUGGACUGGCUCCAUCCUUGUCCAGUCCACAUCGCUACUCAGGUCAUCUUCUUCCCAAGUCUCUCGAGGAAUUCAAGUUUGCCAACGAAACCUACUUUAAAUUCAUGUUUGUUCGCCAUCCAAUGGAUCGAAUGCUCUCCUGCUAUCUUGACAAAAUGGUUAACAGCCAACAUCACAGUCUCCCUGCUUUCCGAGUAUUCGUUAAAAACAGAGCAAAUCAGAUCAUAAAAAAUCAGCAUGACAGAAGCAAUAAACCUCAGCGUCGAAACCUUUUGUGGGCGUCAAAGGACCCUUCUUUCAUUUGGCAGCAGCUAAAAUCCAAAGUUGUUUAUCGAUUCCAAGGAGAGACAGGAUUUCUUGGGAUAACUUCUGAAGCGCAAGACACAAAAAUGAAAAAAAAGCAAUUGCAACCAGCCACCAUAUUCAGCCAACGUACGAAACCAAGCGCAUCAACGAACGUGUUCAAUACAACUGAAAGCAAACCUACCUUUGAAGAAUUCCUUGAAUUUGUUUUAGACACUGAUUUACAAGGCAUUGGAUACGACUCUCAUUGGGUCCCGUUCCAUCGAUAUUGCAGCCCGUGCAGCGUUUUCUAUGACGUUAUUGGUAAACUGGAAACGGCGUUCGACGAUUUUCAGUAUAUCUGGGAGAAGACUGGAUUGGAGACAAAAUUUCCCGUUCCAUGGAUAAAUCAUAAGACCCUCCCGUCAAAGUCCAAGAUUGCGCUGGAGAAAAAAUAUUACUCAUCGCUGCCAAGAGAACUAAUUCUCCGUUUUUACGACGCCUUCCGGAUGGAUUUCGAGCUCUUUGAUUACAGCAUUAACGAAGUUCUCAUCAAAGCUGGAUAUGAGACUGUGUAAAAAAGAGGACGAUGUUUG